AUGGGAGCUCGAUCAAGUCGUUUAAAAUAUCACGAAUGGGAUUCUGAUAAAUUAGCACAAACUAGUGGUUUAUCACGUGAUGAAAUUGAUCGUCUUCAUAUUGAUUUUAUGAAAGCAGCUGGAAGUGAUGGCGUAUUAGAUAUGCAAGAAUUUAUUCGAUUUUAUACUCAUCUUCCAGGAAUAGAAAUGCAAGAUACACAUAAUAUAAAUCAACAAGCACGUCGAAUAUUUCGAGCAUUUGAUCGUGAUAAUACGAAUACACUUUCAUUCGAUGAAUUUCUUAAUGUAAUUGUUUUAAUAAAUCAAACUAUGCCACGUUAUGAUCGUGUCGAAUAUUUAAUACGACAAAAUAAUAUUGAUAAACUUAAAAAAAACAAAGGAUUAAUUUCAGCAGAAUACGGUCAUCAAAUACUUCGUCGUCUUAAUGAUUAUUAUGGUUCAUCAGCUGGUAAAGAACAUUUCUAUUGGAAGGAAAUUGAUACACAAAAUCGUGGUUAUGUAACAGAAGAAGAAUUUAUGAAUUAUAUUAGUAACCAUGCUGAUUUCAAUCGAAAAUAA